UUUUCAAAAUCUGCAAGAAAAAACAACAAAAACACGGAAAUCAAAUAAUUUAAUUAAAUUUCAACGCAAAAUCGUACUUAACAAAUCACUGAUUCACUUGUAAUGUCAAGCUAACAUUCGCCUAAAGAUCUCAAGACACCAAAAAUCACCUCGCCUUGUGAUAGAGCUUUGAAAAAACUCAAAUGACGCAGAAAUCUCACCAUUUUUUGGAAUUUCACAACAUUCUUUCGCACUAAAAAAAGUCAUGCUUGCGACAUUUUCUCGUGUAAUCAGGCGUCAUUGUUCCACAUACUACAAGAAUAUGGCGAUGAAUGUGACAGUAAAUAGCACCAAAAUUGGCGCCGAUGACCCAAAUAAGCCGUUCACCGUUUUCAUCGAGGGAAAUAUCGGUAGCGGCAAAACUACGUUCCUCAAUCACUUUAACAAGUACGAUAGUGUUUGUUUGAUGGCAGAGCCCGUUGACCUUUGGCGCAAUUGUGGCGGCGUAAAUUUGCUGGAAAUGUUGUACACGGAGCCCUAUCGCUGGGCCAUGCCAUUCCAGACGUAUGUGACGCUCACGAUGCUCAAUACGCACACGCAUAAGACCGAAAAGCCCGUUAAAUUGAUGGAACGGUCGUUGUAUAGUGCGAGAUAUUGCUUCGUCGAGAAUAUGAGGAGCACGGGCGUUUUGCAUGAAGGCAUGUACAACAUUUUGCAAGACUGGUUUAAUUAUUUUACGACGAAUGUUCACAUUCAGGCGGAUUUAAUUGUUUAUUUAAGAACGACCCCGGAAAUCGUCUACGAGCGCAUGAAAAAACGCGGACGCAGCGAAGAAACCCUCGUUCCCUUCGAGUAUCUCAAACAGCUUCAUGAGUUACAUGAAAACUGGCUCAUUCAUGGACAACAUUAUCGACCAGCUCCUGUCUUGGUCCUUGAUGCCAAUCUCGACUUGACCGAAAUCGGUUCGGAAUACGAACGCAGCGAAACGAGCAUUCUCAAGCCGAUCCUCAUUGACAACACAAACAUGCCAAUUAUGGCAUCACCGAGCAAGAGAAAUGCCAAAGGCGACUAUUCCUAAAGCGAUUCGUGUUUUGGAAGAACACGUGGAACGUUCGGUCGAACAUUUGUCGAAUAAUGUAUUAGUAUCAAUUUUAUUUGGAAAAAAUUACCCAAUUAUAAGUAAAUUUUUAGUAUUUAGUUAAAUAUUUAGGACAUAUUAACAUGAAAAAUUAGCAUUUAGUUCAUUUUUUUUUCUUUACGCUUUCGUCGGAAAAAAAUUGCAGAAUCAAAAAAUGUUUAAAAAUUCUUUAAAACUAAAUUUUUGACAGUUAAAAUCAGGUUUUUU